UACCUCCACCCCAGACAUUACUCUGGGGUCUGUCUGAGGCCAUCAGUGUGAAGAUGAUCAGUGCCUUCCUAGCAUGACGACCUUGGACCAUGUGAUUGCCACCCACCAGUCAGAGUGGGUCUCCUUCAAUGAGGAGCCACUUUUUCCUGUCCCUUCCGAGGGGGUCGCCGAAGAGCACCUCCCAGCACUGUCGUCUUACUCAGACCAGUCUGAGAGCUCCUCCGGGGAGAACCAAGCGGCAGAAAGAGGCUCUCAGGAGCUUUCCCACUCAGAGCAGGAUGACUCCUCUGAAAAGCUGGGCCUCAUCUCUGAAGCGACCUCCCCUCCUGGGAGUCCCGAGCAGCCCCCACCUGACCUGGCCUUCGCCAUCAGCAACUGGGUUCAAUUUGAAGACGACAUGCCCUGGGCCAGCACAUCACCAUCUCAGAAGGAAACAGGUGAGACAGCCUUACCAUUGACCGUGCCCUGCUGGACGUGCCCUUUCUUCGACUCCCUGAGGAGAUGCCCUCUGACCUCCGAGAGCAGCUGGACCACACAUUCUGAAGAUACCAGUAGUCCUAGUUUUGAUCCCUCAUACACAGACCUGCAGCUCAUCAGUGCUGAGGAGCAGAGGAGUGGCAAGGCUUCUCAGGCUGACUCAACUGACGAGAGGACGGAGUGGCAGACAGGCAGGCAGUCGGCGGUGAGCCCUGUUCAAGCAUGCACGGAGCAUACCUCUACCUGCACCCAGGGCCUGGACCCCUCGGCACCCCUGCCCCACCCCAGGAGGAGUCAGAGCCCCUGCGAGGGUCCGGAGGGGGCCUCUGCUCCCAAUGACAGUUCUUCCUCAGUCCAGGAAGAUGAAGAGGUAGAGAUGGAGGCCAUCAGCUGGCAGGCCAGUAGUCCAGCCAUGAAUGGACAUCCUGCCACUCCACUGACCUCUGCUCGUUUCCCCAGCUGGGUCACUUUUGAUGACAAUGAGGUCAGCUGCCCUUUGCCACCAGUCACCUCUCCCCUGAAGCCAAACCCACCACCUGUUGCAUCUGUGAUCCCAGAUGUGCCUCAUCACUCAGCUGGGUCAUUUAAGAAGAGGGAACGUCCCAAGAGCACUUUGAUGAACUUUUCCAAAGUUCAGAAGCUGGACAUCUCAUCCUUAAACCAUCCACCUUCCGUAACCGAGGCUCCACCUUGGAGGGCAACCAAUCCUUUCCUGAAUGAGACUCUGCAGGAUGUCCAACCCUCCCCUAUCAACCCUUUCAUUGCUUUCUUUGAGGAGCAGGAGAGGCGCUCCCAAAACAGUUCCAUUUCCAGUGCCACAGGCAAGAGCCAAAGAGAUUCUCUCAUUGUCAUCUAUCAGGAUGCCAUCAGUUUUGAUGACUCAAGCAAAAACCAGUCCCACUCUGAUGCUGUUGAAAAACUCAAACAACUCCAGAUUGAUGAUCCGGAUCGUUUAGGCAGUGUGACAUUACCAGAUGAUGACCCUAUAGCCUGGGUUGAACUAGAUGACCACCCACCUGGUUCAGCACUGUCCCAGCCCAGGGAUGGGUGGCCAAUGAUGCUAAGGAUCCCUGAGAAGAAAAACAUCAUGUCAUCUAGGCACUGGGGCCCCAUCUACAUCAAACUGACAGACAGUGGUUACCUGCAGUUGUAUUAUGAGCAGGGUCUAGAAAAACCAUUCCGUGAGUUCAAGCUGGAGAUCUGCCAUGAAAUUUCGGAACCCCGGCUCCAAAACUAUGACGAGAAUGGCAGGAUCCACAGCUUGCGAAUAGACCGUGUCACCUACAAGGAGAAGAAGAAAUACCAGCCCAAACCUGCUGUGGCCCACACAGCAGAGAGGGAACAAGUGAUUAAGCUGGGCACCACCAAUUAUGAUGACUUCCUGAGUUUCAUCCGCGCUGUUCAAGACCAGCUCAUGAACCUGCCAGUGUUGUCAAUGGACUUGAGCACAGUUGGCUUGAACUACCUUGAAGAGGAGAUUACUGUGGAUGUCAAGGAUGAAUUCUCUGGCAUUGUGAGCAAAGGAGACAACCAGAUUCUCCAGCACCAUGUCUUGACACGGAUCCACAUUCUGAGUUUCCUCUCUGGGCUGGCAGAGUGCCGCCUGGGCCUCAACGAUGUCCUCGUCAAAGGGAACGAAAUAGUUUCCCGGCAAGACAUCAUGCCCACCACCACCACAAAGUGGAUCAAGCUCCAUCAGUGCUGUUUUCAUGGGUGUGUGGAUGAGGAUGUAUUCAACAACUCACGGGUUAUUCUGUUCAACCCUUUGGAUGCCUGCCGGUUUGAGCUCAUGCGGUUCAGGACAGUAUUUGCGGAGAAGACCUUGCCUUUCACACUCAGGACAGCAGCAAGCAUCAACGGGGCAGAGGUGGAGGUGCAGAGCUGGCUUAGGAUGUCAGCCGGCUUCUCCUCUAACCGAGACCCGCUCAUUCAGGUUCCCUGUGAGAAUGUGAUGGUUCGUUACCCUGUGCCCAGUGAGUGGGUGAAAAACUUCCGCAGGGAAAGCGUCCUGGGGGAAAAGUCUUUAAAAGCCAAAGUGAACCGGGGGGCGAGUUUUGGCUCAACUAGUAUGUCUGGCUCUGAGCCUGUCAUGAGAGUAACUCUGGGAACUGCCAAGUAUGAACAUGCCUUCAACUCCAUUGUGUGGAGGAUAAACCGACUGCCUGACAAAAAUUCAGCUUCUGGUCACCCACACUGUUUCUUCUGCCACCUUGAACUUGGCUCUGACCGGGAAGUGCCUUCCGGAUUUGCCAAUCAUGUGAAUGUUGAGUUCAGCAUGCCCACAACUUCUGCCUCCAAAGCCACUGUAAGAUCCAUCUCCGUGGAAGACAAGACUGACAUCAGGAAGUGGGUCAAUUAUUCCGCACACUAUAGCUAUAAGGUGGAAAUUGAGCAAAAGAAGAGUUUGAAGCCGGACUUUGAAGGAGAUGAAAUGGAAAAUCCCAAGGAGUGUGGGGUCCAGUGAUGAAGCCCUCUUGCAAGGGGGCCUGACCCAAGCGUCAUGAUAGGAUGUCUUCCUGAGCAGCCGGAGUUUAAGGCAGUACCCACCAUGGCUACUCUGGGCUGGGAACAGUAUAUUGGACCUUCCUGUGUGUAGUUACCUGUAAUCUAACAGGAAACCUUGAGGUGAUUGCGUUGGAGAGCCUCUGAUGUGCCUGAAGCAGCUGGUUCCCCUGACUUUUGGAGCUUAUUGUCUAAUUAAGCCUCCCUCUCUUUGCUCUGUUUCUCUUGUAGUACUUGAGUGUGGCUUGUUGUGACUACUGGAGUCAGGAAGAGAACCUUCCACAUCAGUGUUGGCAGGAUUUCCUUCUGGUGUCCAUCUGUCACUUCCAUGAUUUUCUAGAAAACACAGUCUUGAGAAUCCCCCUCUGUCACGCCCUCUAGAAAAGGUUCAGAAGAGGUACAAAACAGAUUUCCUCUUUGGGUCUCCUAGGCUUGGGUAUGUGUCUCCAUUCUUUCAAUGUUAACACUAUGCAACAGAAGUUUUCAAGACAUUUCCCUCCCAGUUUUGGAUUGUUUUGAUGGAAACACUUUUUCCGUCUCUCUAGUCCCAGGGUUCACCACCCUGAGUCACAAUACACAAUGGAAAAAAGGCACAAUAGGAUACUUUUUUAUUCUGUGAUUAGCCCCACAUUCUGCAAAGGGUGGCUAUGGAAGGGAAAGCAAAAUUGAGCUUAUUUUUCUUCAUUCUGGGGGAAAAGGGACAUUAAUUGUAAGAUUAUAUUCAAUUCAGGAGACAUUUUCAAUCUCAGUGAAUUCUCAAAUUCACACUGAAAAAUAUAGGCCAUUUCCGAUUCCUGAAACAAAUAGAUCUAUCUUAUCUAUAUUAUACCUCAGGCAUUUGUCAGGAGCAUUUGGGAGCUCUUGUUAUACCUCAAGCCUAUAGACAGUUGCAUGUCUCUUUAACUCAGAAUUUACAGGAAAUAAAGUGGAAAAGAUCAUUUUAAAAGCUAUUUUAAAACUGAGCUUACAUGAGCUUUUCCCCCAAAUUCAGAGUUUGAUAAUCACAGUAUUGUAACAGAUCUACAAGGCAGAAGUCUCUAGGGUAGAGAUGGGGGAAAGCCAUAUUUUUCUAAUGUUGGGAACAUUAAGUUCCAAUUCCAAGAGUCUGGGAUACUCAGUCUUCUUACCUUCAUAGGUUCCCGUUUACAUUCUGUAUCUCCACUUCUUACUUGUAUCUUGGUGUUUUCUUACCAUACACGGACCUAUAUUGGCCAUCCCAAAUGGGACACGUGCUCAACAAUUUACAGGGACGUUCUAUCUGCCUGUUUCUCCUAUGAAGAAGAGAGUAAGGGGACUGAAAGCAUGCUUGUCAGAUUUGUCAGAUGACACAGAGAAAUAAACGAUAUAUCCAGCCUCGACUGGCAGAUUUAGGAUUAAUUUAUUCAGUGAAUAUUCAUUGAAUUAUAACUAUGUACUGACACUAGAAUAUAGACAUCAUUCCAUUUUUCUUAACUACCUGAACAUAAGACUGAAACUAAA